CUCUCACUGUCCCUGCAUCAUGGAUGGCCCAGCUGUGGUGUCGACCCACAGGGGACCUUCACUGCCAUUCUACAACACCUCCACCUCCACCUCCACCCUGGCCUUCGACCAGCACUUCUCCUCGACGGCCAGAGGAAGACUCCUAUGAAAAUAGGAUAAACACCAAGUUAAUGGAGUUUUCCUCCUCUCUCUCCCUCAUUGUCUCUCUUCCUUCCCAAAUCGGCUAAAGGGAAAACGUGCGGACAGCCUUUGACUGGACGCCGUCUGGCUGGCAGACUUAAAAAGCAGGAUUUUCUGUUUGCAGAGUGACAUGAACACAUGUUUGCACAUGCUAUUUUGUUUGAGACAAGGUGAAGAUCACACUGCAUGAAAACACUAUGCUGGUAUCACUCAGAACCUUCCUGAGGUGUGACACAUCAACAGAGACCCAGCACCACUUUGACUGGGUUUUACGCGUGGCUCAUGGCUCUAGGAGUAAUUUCAGCCUCUCUUCUCUCCAGUUGUGUGGGAUGCUGGUCGGGAUCCUGGUUGGAGGCACGGACUAUUUCCACCUCGCUGCCCUCCACUUGGUGAUGUUUGCUUCCGUCCUGUUCUGGAUUUUGACCAUGUGCCUGUUUGUGGUUUAUCUUACAGGGGUCCACAACAGGAUGACGCGCCGCGGCCUUGUAUCUGCUGACAGCCGUGAUAAACGCUCUGACCAUCAACUGGGCCGGGUCCACAACAGGAUGACGGCCAUCUCCUGGAGCACCCUGUCUCUGUGUUUUAACUGCAGCGCCGCGGCCUUGUAUCUGCUGACAGCCGUGAUAAACGCUCUGACCAUCAACUGGGCCGUUAGAGGGCGCCACAGCUGCAACUGCUGGGCAGCAUCAGCUUCUCUGUGUUUUAACUGCAGCGCCGCGGCCUUGUAUCUGCUGACAGCCGUGAUAAACGCUCUGACCGUCAACUGGGCCGUUAGAGGGCGCCACAGCUACAAUUGCUGGGCAGCAUCAGCUUCACUGUGUUUCAACAGCAGCGCCGCGGCCUUGUAUCUGCUGACAGCCGUGAUAAACGCUCUGACCAUCAACUGGGCCAUUAGAGGGCGCCACAGCUACAACUGCUGGGCAGCAUCAGCUGGGUCCACAACAGGAUGA